AUGUCGUUUACUCAGUCUUCGCAAGGCACUCAUGCCACCAGACAGGCCACGCCAGAGGAACAGAAGUUCAUCACCGACAUCCUCAAGCUGUACCAGUGCGAGCCCAACGAGCAGAGCUAUACCCACUACGCAGAGAGUGCUGUCUUCCACGACCCUGUCAGCAUAGCCAAGGGCAAGCAGAGUAUCAUGUCUCAGUUUAAUGGCAUGCCGAAAAUCUUUGCGCGUAGCGACACCAAAGGUCCGUCGUUCGCAGCUCCCAUCACGAGGACAAUCCUUACUAACAUGUCUGCAGAGAUCGCAGUUCUGGCAUCGUCAACGCCCUCUGAGCUGCAGCUGAACCUGACACAACACUAUGUUUUCAAGUCGCCGAUUCCGUUCAAGAAGGAAGGUACCGAGAAGACUGUCAACAGCAAGUUGACAUUUAAGCUCAACAGUCAAGGACUGAUCGAAGAGCACAUUGAAGAGUGGGACCACGAGACCAACCAGACGGCCGACGAUGGUUUCAUAGGCAAGCUCCAGGAGCAACGCAAGAAGAUGGAUGCAAAGAUCGUCGAGGCGACAGUCUCGAGCGAUCCCUCCAAAGCAUAA